AAUGAUAUCUCUGGCUUAGAUAAGACCACCUCACCACUUGUUGGUUCAGUUGUUACAAAACAUCCCUCGGAGCAUCAGUAUUGUGGCAGUCUUGUUGUAGAGAACACCGUUUAUCUGCGAAUUCUUUUCUGAAGAUGGCAGCUACUAAAUGGGUAUGGACCAGCGUAUCGGGUCCUCAUCCGGCGAAUAUGAUUCAGGGAGGUCAGGAUAGCGACGGUUGCCCGAUUUUCGUAGGUCGCGCAAACCACGGCGGUGAUCUGCUACCUGCCAAGGUAAUACCCAUGAAAGGUGCCGCCUACGUCGCAUACGGUGGUGAGGAAGUACUCGUUUCCAGCGUGGAGGUGCUCUGCCGAAAGGAACUAGUAUGGGAUUCGGCCGUGGGUGGCGAAAUUCCGCCGGAUGCGGUUGUCGGUGGCCAUACAAGCGACGGAGAGGUUCUCUAUGUUGGACGUGCUUACCACGAGGGAUCACACACGAUCGGCAAGGUACAGCGGUCCCAUGGGUGUGUUUACAUUCCGUACGAUGGAGCAGAGGUGGCCGUACAGAGCUACGAAGUGCUGUGCGAGCGAUAGGAUGUUGGCGGGGUGAUAAAACAACUAUGAGAUCGGAAAUAAAUUUACAGGCGCCUAAUUCAUCUGGGUAGUGAUACACUAUUGACUACUACUGCUACCAUACAUAAAAUAAUAUUCACCUUUAUUAUAUAUACGCAGUUUUAGAAAUUGUAUCAAGUUUUACCUUUGUUCGACUAAAUUUUCGCUGCCUUUUCUAUUCAGUAAUAACAACUUUUUUGUUUGUCAAAUGUUGA